AUGCGAUUAAAAGAUGAUGAACGACCAUUACUAUAUGAUAGAGUAAUCUCGACAAAAUUUUUGCCUAUUAUUGAUAUACCUAAUGCAGCUCGUGUAAAACUUAUUUUGUAUAAUGUAAAUGAUCGACCAAUUAUAUACAAAUUUAAAUGUGAAACAAAAGCAUUAAUUACAGCUGAACCACAUGCUUCUGGUACAAUACCAGCUCAUGGAUUUAAUUGUUGUUUAUUAACAUGGCGACGAGCACCUGAAAUAAACAAUUGGAAAGAUAUGAAAUCAACUUCAUUGUUAAUGAUUACAGAAUUUGAAGGUUCUGAUGAUCCAAAUAUAAACGAGCAUACAGUUACAAGAAUUAAAUGUCGCAUAUCAUCAUCAGCAAUGUGUAAUAGUACGAAACCACCUGAAGAACAUAUUACCUUUAAAAGUUCUCUUGAUUCAGUGGUACCUCGAAGUUCAGGUGUAGAAUCGAGAAUAAUUACUCCAAUUACAGGAUUAAAACAUUUAUCAAAUACAUCUCAAAUAUCAUCAAAAAAUCUUAUGACUGUAAAUAAGCGUCAGCUGUCAUCGACCAGUAGUACUUCGGAACGUUCAACAGGAUUUUAUAUGGAAGCUAAGGGUACAAUUAUUAUUGCAUUAAUUAUUGUAAUUCUUAUUUUAUGUAUUCAAAUAUUUCUGGAAACUAAAUCUGAUGCUGAAUAG